UCCAACCUGCAGCAGCCUGGACCCCUAGGAAGCCUCCAGAUCAAGCACAGGACGCUGUUCACACCAGGGUUCCAAGCCACCUACAUAUCCCAUGGGUCUUAAAAAAAAAAGUAUUCUCCGCAGCUGGAGGAGAAACUCGGGCGCAAGUUGUGACUAUCUUGUAGGUAAGGAAGCGGAGUCCUACAGUUACGCGAUGGAUUUCAGGCUGGGAAUAGCUCGAGGAGAGCGAGCCCUUUAAGUCUAUGCCCAGUAGGCCUGUCCGGGUCUCUCCAGGGAGAGGAGGGGCGGGGCCUGGCGCGCUAGCCCCUCCCACCUGGGCCCCGCCCCGGCGCCCGUCCCGCCCCCGGCUCUCUGCCCGCGGCGCCUUUGAUGUUCCGACCCGCCAGCUCCCGAAGCCGCUGUGCCCCGCGCCCACUGGCCGCUCAGGCGGAGUCAGCGCGCGCUCCGCCCGCCGCGCUCCGGGCUCGGAGCUCCGCACCCUGGGCUCGCCGCCUCCCGGGCCGCCUCCGCGCCCCGCACCCGGCGCCCCGGCGGGCGCAGCGCACCAUGCCGCAGCUGGACUCGGGCGGGGGCGGUGCGGGUGCAGGCGACGACCUCGGCGCGCCCGACGAGCUGCUGGCCUUCCAAGACGAAGGCGAGGAACAGGACGACAAGAGCCGCGACAGCGCCGCGGGCCCCGAGCGGGACCUGGCCGAGCUCAAGUCCUCACUGGUGAAUGAGUCCGAGGGCGCGGCCGCGAGCGCCGGGGUCCCGGGUUCCGGAGUCCGGGUGCAUGGAGAGGCCGAGGGAGCGCCCGAGGCCCUCGGACGAGAGCACACUUCGCAGAGACUUUUCCCGGACAAACUUCCCGAGUCCCUAGAGGACGGCCUGAAGGCCCCGGAGUGUGCCAGCGGCAUGUACAAAGAGACCGUCUACUCUGCCUUCAAUCUGCUCAUGCACUAUCCACCGGCCUCGGGAGCAGGGCAGCACCCCCAGUCUCAACCCCCGCUGCAUAACAAGGCUGGCCAGCCUCCACAUGGUGUCCCCCAACUUUCUCCACUCUACGAACAUUUCAGCAGUCCACACCCGACCCCUGCACCUUCGGACAUCAGCCAGAAGCAAGGAGUUCACAGGCCGCUGCAGACCCCUGAUCUCUCUGGAUUUUACUCUCUGACCUCAGGCAGCAUGGGACAGCUCCCCCACACUGUGAGCUGGUUCACCCACCCGUCCUUGAUGCUGGGAUCCGGUGUACCUGGACACCCAGCAGCCAUCCCUCACCCAGCCAUUGUACCCUCCUCAGGGAAGCAGGAGCUGCAGCCAUAUGACCGAAGCCUGAAAACACAGGCAGAACCCAAGGCAGAAAAGGAGGCUAAGAAGCCAACCAUCAAAAAACCCCUCAAUGCCUUCAUGCUUUACAUGAAGGAGAUGAGAGCCAAGGUCAUUGCAGAGUGUACCCUCAAGGAAAGUGCUGCCAUCAACCAGAUCCUGGGUCGCAGGUGGCACGCACUAUCUCGAGAAGAGCAGGCCAAGUACUAUGAACUGGCCCGCAAGGAAAGGCAGCUGCACAUGCAGCUGUACCCAGGCUGGUCAGCGCGGGAUAACUACGGAAAGAAGAAGAGACGGUCAAGGGAAAAGCAUCAAGAAUCGACCACAGACCCUGGCUCGCCUAAGAAAUGUCGUGCUCGCUUUGGCCUCAACCAGCAGACGGAUUGGUGUGGUCCGUGCAGGAGGAAAAAGAAAUGCAUUCGGUACUUACCCGGAGAAGGCCGCUGCCCCAGCCCCGUUCCUUCCGAUGACAGUGCUCUAGGCUGUCCCCGGUCCCCAGCUCCCCAGGACUCACCCUCGUAUCUUCUGCUGCCCCACUUCCCCACAGAACUGCUUGCUAGCCCGGUGGAGCAGCACCAACAUUCUCAGGUCGCUCUGCAACUCUCACUCUUCCUGCCCCUGAGUCCCCAAAGACCCUCCACAGCACCCUCCAGAAUACACAAGUACAGCAACAGGAACCUCAGAGACAGGCAGCCUAGCAUGCACAGGACACCUGGCUUGCUCCAGGGGCCCACCCCUAACUCAAGAGGAGGCAACAAGACCAGAUCACUCGGAACCAGCUAGGGGUCCUCUCUAAGGUGCUGAAGAUUUCAAAGCCGCUUAACUACUCCCUGAACUGGAGGCCAUCAAUUCAAUGGGUAGGGAUAAGAUCUGUGGAGCUGUCUCACAAAGGGCAUCCCAGUGCCUGUGGCAGCCACACCUCUUCUUUUUAUCAUGUCUUGCUAGCUGGAUGCCCCUACUGGUUUUGUUUUUUUUUUUCUUUUUCCUUUUGCUGCAGGUCAGAUGAGCUGGACUGACUGAGUCCAGCUGCCUUCUUCUCUCCAGAUGCUUCUCUUGCCCUCUGCCAUACUUUCCCCAUGCCAGUACUUCUUGGACCAAGAAUACCUGGUUUACCACACAAGAUGACUUCGUGGUUGGUCACCAGCCACAAAAGUCUAAAUAAUAACGCUUCUCUCUUAAGGAGCUAAGAAGUUCUGUUUACAAGUAACAGCUGCUGUUCCUAAGCUGGGCCAGAGGAAGCUUCUUAUGUGUUCUCAGGAGCUUGCUCCUCCUCAGGAGGAGGAAAUGGGAUAGGUGAAGUUUAAGAAUUUUCACCCUAGGCACCAACCCUCCCCACUGGUGGACAGUACUCAGCUUUAAUUAGAAUGACUGGGACGUCUUUCCUGAGAAACUCACCAGCCCUAGAAACUAGUCAAUAAAUUGAAGUUGGCCUAAACACAGUGUGCACCCUUCCCAGUUCCAUUUCCAGCUCAUCUAUGUCAGCUGAAUCACAGCUCGUGGGCAGCUGUGAAAGGGCAAAUCCCAAAUCCCCCAACAGCCAGAGCCCAUCUCGGCAUUUAGAACUGGCCAGCCAGCUUCACUUUAUGGGGCUGCAGGAAGAGAUCUGUUACAACCAAAGCAAGGAGUCCAUAAGACCUCUUGUGGUGGACAUGGUUCUUUGCCACAUUCUAGAAAUCCUUUUUGAGCCAAACUUAACCUUGAGCCUUGAAAAACAAGUUUUGGUUUUUUUUUAAACUGUUUUGUUUUGUUUUUCAUUAACUGUAUAUAGCUUGAAUCCAAAGAAAAGGGGUUAUUCAUGUAUUCUACACACCUUAAAAAAAAAGCCUUUAGUUCCUACUUUUAGCCACUUGUUUCUCAAUCCAAAGAUCAUGUUUCUAGUGUAGUGUUACAAGUGCUGAAAAGACUGGCAGAGUGUGGUGGUGCACACCUAUAAUCCCAGUAUUUGGGAGGUAAAGGCAGGUGGAUCUCUCUUGAGUUCCAGGACAGCCAGGGUUGUAUAGAGACCUUGUCUCAAAAAGGAGGGGGGAAAAAAAACUGACGUAGUAUCCAAAAUAUUUUUGUAUUAAUGCAUUAUCAUAGAAAAACUUUUUUAAAUGAGAAUAAAGAUACUUUUUACUGGGUUUGUUUUUCAAAGACUGAGUAGUAAGCUAUUUGAAUUAACAGUGCCUACCUAAUGUUCCUUUCCUUCUUAGCUGUCACAAAACGUGGAGUGUAUUCCCUAGUGUGUACAAAGAUCCCAAGACUGCCAAGCUGCAAAAUCCAAAAAUUACUCUCAGCAUCUCCUUCAGGGGCCUGGUCCUGACCACUCUCAGCAUCUCCUCCAGGGGCCUGGUCCUAACCACGUCUGAGCUCACUUUCCAAGCUCUACUCUUACUCCUUGACACUCAAGCAAGGCAGGCCAGCCCACUCCCCAGCACCCUUGUGCACCAAUGAGUUGGCAGUUGCCAUCCCAGCCACUGGACAGUCCAACCUGAAAUGUAUUCAGGAUCUGCUUUCCUCUAAGGGCAGAAAGAAAAGAGAAUCCAUGCUUAUUUCAAGAAAAAUAAGCAAUUCAGUCUUCAAAUUUGAUAUCACAAAAGCCCUACACAGACUUUUUUUUUUCUUCUUCAAGAAUUUAUUUAGAUGGUUGUGAGCUGCCAUGUGGUUGCUGGGAAUUGAACUCAGGACCUCUGGAAGAGUAACCAGUGCUCUUAACUGCUGAGCCAUCUCCCUAGCUCCCUACACAAAGACUUAACAAUACUCUAUUCUUACAAGGACUGCCUGUUAAGGCACUUUCUCCCAGUUUCAUAUAAGACCUGUGAAGUCUGAAUGAUAACUACUUUUUUACAUGCAGGUCCCACCAUGGGAAAGUAUACUGUGCUGCUAACUUCUUUGGAUCUACAUUCCAAAGUUUUUAUGUAGACCACUGGAACUUGCAAUCCUGGACUUUUUCCUCUUUUUGGGAAGAUGCUAAAGAUCACACCUGUCUCAUUUUAAAGAAUUGUGCUGUGGCUGUGGACCUAGUUUUUUUUUAAAAAAAAAACAAAAACAAAAAACUACAUUCUUACCAGGUGCAAGUCGGGUUCAUCUUUUUUUUUUUUUUUUUCUUUCUAUCUGGUGUGUCUUUUAGAGUACACUGGGUACAUGAACAAUACACUCUUUGUAGGGUGCAGGGCUGGUGUGUGUGGUGGGGAGGACACAUUGGCAACUUUGUUAGGAUCAGAAUAACUCUUUAGAAAACAGAUUCCAAAAACAAAAUGUGAAUCCUCCCAAAUCACAACACAACACUACAGUCCUAAGACCUGAGGAUGUUUUAAAGAACUUGAGAAUGCAAACCUAAUUCAACUUCAAAUAUACCAAUCUCUUCACACAGCCAGCCAAGAACCAACCCAACUUGCAGAGACGUUAGAAAACAGGAUAUCCCCAGUCUUUCUGAUCCAUGACAGCUGGCAUACUUAAGACUUGCCUGCAGUACAUUCUUAGUGCUCUCCUCUGCUGCAGCUGCUUCCUAUCCUAGGCUGAAUGGAUACAUUGAGAGUGGAGUCCAGCCCACUGUCAGGGCCUGCAAGUGUCUCCCAGUUUGAAGGCAGUAGUUUCCUCUUUUCCAAGCUCAGUGACUGGACUCUUGUGAGCUACACCUAUAUCAAAAUUCCCUUUUGGCUCUGAAGUCCUCCUCCCUAUCUCUGUCCAGGAAACGAGCAGUGAUAGGAAGGCCUAGCCUAAAUAAAAGAAAUGGGAUGGCUCUUUACCUUGUUCUUUCCUGUUAUCUGUUCCUAGGAAAAGAUAGAAAGGGCAAGAAUUGCAAAGCUAUAUCAAAUCCUACUUGCCAGGCCAAUGUGUCAAGAAUCUAAGAUGCCAAAUUAAUUACAUAAAGCUGAGCGGGCUAUUCUCUGUAGUUAGGAAGGCUAUGUUAAGUUUUGAGUCUCUUCAGAGCUUUCCUAAAGUUCCCCAGGGAUUCUGGUCCUGUAAUCCCAGUACUUGGGAGGUAAACACAGAAGAAAACGAUGAUACACGCUGAGUUGGAAGCUAGCCUUGGCUACAUGAGGGAGGUGCAGACAAGAUGAGGGGAAGCUCUCCAGACUUUCGGAAUUUAACAAGUUUGUAAUACCAGCGAGUAAAGAAUGUUGCCAAGAGUGAUUUGAGCUUGAUUUGGUCAGAAGUGAUUCUCCCGAGUUGUUGUCCGACCUUCAUAUGAGCUCCUUAAUGUCCGUGUUUGCACACACACACAGUUGUUAUAGGUAACAUAAACUAAAGGCUGACAGACCAACAACUGUCACGGAGUUUGCAGCAUUAAAGAGCACUCACUAUAGGUGGCAGCUGUGUACUUUGUAUGGGUACAGACAUAAUCUGACAUUCUUCAGUCCUAGCUGGCAAUCACCAAUCUGCCAAACACCUUCCUCUUUGGUGACAAAAGGCAGUUUCCUAAUUAAGCCUGAAGGUUGAUCAAGAACCUUGAUGUUCUUGGUUCUGGGGAUGUAGUUCUGUUGGUAGAGUGCUUGUCUGACAUUUACAAAACCCUGGGUUCAAAUACCAAGGCUAUGAGCAGUUUCCCCUCAUUGUCAUUCUGUGCCUAACUCAUCUGCUUCAUGGUGUUUCUCACUUCUGAUCCUGAAUGCAUGAACAGUGCUGCGAAAUUAAGGUAAGCCUUGCCAUCAGUGGCCUCCAAAUCCUGGAUCACCUAUCAUUAAAAAAAAAAAAAAAAAGGAUGGAAAGGCUAAAAUCAUAGCAGAUACUGUAUUUCAACUUGUUCAGUGUCAUACAGAGCAGUGGAGGCAAGACUCCAGCCUCAAGUACCACUUCAAGCUAAUGUUCAAAAAAAAAAAAAAAAAGUGGGGGGGGGGGAAGUGGGGCAGUUGUGGCACACGCCUUUAAUCUCAGCACUCAGGAAGCAGAGGCAGGAAGACCUUUUUGAGUUCAGCAGGGUCUAUCUACAGAGCAAGUUCCAGGACAGCCAGGGCUACCCAGAAAACAACAAAAACAGAGUAGGGACCAUGUUGAGACUAUUGAGCUCCUUGGGAGAUGGAAGUUUGAUACAAGCCAAUAUAACAAUAUAUAGUGAGACUCAUAUCUAAGACGGGCAGCAAGAAAGACUAGGUUAUAGCUUUCAAGGUCAAGGAAAAAAAAAAACUCUCAUCCUCUGCCCAUCUUUGGAAUAGACAGUGGUGUCCCUGUUCGUGCCAUUCUCACAAUUCCUGAGCUUACUAAUUCACAAAGUAACAAUGACACCAGGUGAUGUAAAGCCCUCACCCCCAUUCCAGCCACUGGAGAUGCUGGGGUAAGAGUGCUAUGUCUGUGAGUUGAGAUCAGCCUGGGCCACACAGCAAGACCUGGCACUUGCGCCUCCUCGUCUCAAAAAAGGAUCAUAGGCUCUUUUUCCUAGAAGUUGACACUUGCUUUAUAAACAUGGUAUACAUAUCAGCAAUCCUAGAGCUUUAGCGAAGACUUGGGUUUUUCCUGACACAAACAGGGUUGCUGGGUAAAUGUGUUUAUUAUAGUAGUAACUGGCAAGUGAAACACUCCGGCUAACACUAAACUGUUGUUACCUUCCUUCCUCACUGAACCAACACAGUGGGGAAAACGGUAUUUCUUGAGAAUAACCACAGGGGACAAUGGUCUUUCUAAAAGAACUCCAGAUAAUAAAUAUACCUUUUGGCCUGUUUCAUUUUCACAUAUAUUUUUAAGUAUGUGUGUGUGCAUGUUUUUGUGUCAUGCAUGCGAGUGGCAGAGUACCUGCAGGGGUUGGUUCUCUCCUUCCAUCUUAGGAGUUCCUGGGAUCAAACUCAGGUCAUCAGGCUUGUCAGCAAGUGCUUUUAUCUACUCAGACACCUCAUAGACACUAUAUUUUAAUUUUUUUAUUUUUGGUUUUUUGAGGCAGGGUUUCUGUGUAAUAGUCCUUGCUGUCCUGGAACUCACUUUGUAGACCAGACUGGCCUCAAACUCAGAGAUCCGCCUGCCUCUGCCUUUUAUCACCAUGGCCCAGCUAUAUUUUUACAUUUUAAUAAAGGUUUCAAUUACACUCAAGACAGAACCAGUCUGAAACAAGAUGACAUAUGUUACAGUUUUCUCUCUCUGUGCAGAAAAUAAAUGAGAAUGUAGCUCAGAUGCAGAACACUUAGCAUGUACAAGGUCCUAGGUUCAAUCCUCAGUAUUACAAAAAAAAGUAAACCUUUCUACCAUAAAGGGGAAGCUAGAAAUAGUGGCUGAACAGGUCUAUGUCUUAGGAACUAAGUAAUGCUUAAGAAGGUGGGAGAGGGGGAGUAGGCCAACAAGAUGGCUCAGUAAGUAAAGGUGCCUGCUACCUAGUCUGACACCCCGAGCUUGAUCCCUGGGCUACACAGGUGGCAAGUGAGAACUGACUCCCACACGUCACCAAUACAAGUGUGCCACGGUGUGUACACCAAGCGUGCAUGUACACACACAAACUAAAAAUUAAAAUGUAAUUGAAGUAUUUUAAUGUAAAAAGGAAAAAAGGACUAUGCAUUGGCUUCAAGUAACCACAUAAAUGUUAAUAGCCUCUAGUGAGAGCAAAUUGCCUAAGAAUCUCUUCAAUUAAAAAAUAACCAAACUUAAUUCAUCUGUUAAGUGAAGAGACACAGUUACAUCCACAAAAGCAACUGUUUACUACCUAUUGUAUUACUUUUUAUUGAAAAGCAUCUUGCACUUAGGAUGGCUGUUUUCUGAGUUUUGCCAUACACUUUAAUGUUAAAGAUUAAAUUACUUUUUACAUGCAAGUAGUGUCUUUCCCCACAUGGGAACAAUGAUGAUAAAAAGAUGACAUACCACAUGAAGUAAGUGUCUUUUUUAAUUGAAAAGCUAACAAACUGUCUAGUUACAGCCUCCCUCCAAACCAAACUAGGUAGUAAACUGAACAUAUUCAAAGGUGAGAAGAUUAAAAAUUAAAGGAGAAAAAAAAAGACAAAACAAGUCCUCAGAUCCAAUUGAGAGAGCCCGCUGCAUACAAGCUUACCAGCAGCAGGAGGCUGGAAGACACCCUAACCUAACCACCUGACUCGCAACAUUAACUUCAAGUUGCCUUGUUCCAGUUUCGGACUCAUGAACAAAGAUCAUGUUUUGUUAAUUCUAGUUCAGAAUACUUCUCUUAAGUUGUUUUAUUUACAAUGCCAACUUUGAAAGGCUCACUGAAGUUAAAUGGACAAUGGAUUAGGCAGAAAUCAUUUUACAGAAAGAGGGAAAGCCCAAAAUGCCACUUUCCACAGAGAACCCAAAGUUCAGUUUUAUUCAGAGUAAUGGGAAAAAAAAAAAAAAAAGAAACUUCUGCUCAUAGAAGAAA